AUGGCCGACAGCUUGGACAUGGACGCGGAAGCGCUGGCGCGCGACGCCAAGAAGCGCGAGAACGACCCGAACACAUACAAGCGCAGUGGCGGCCGCGACGACCCGAUCAACAGCCUCGAAGACAUCUACCGCCAGUACGACGAGCUCAUCCCGGCGGACGAGUGGCCCAAGUUCGAGGCCAUGACCAAGUUUGUCGUCGAGGCCAACCCGCAGACGCCCCGCGCGCUCGAGAAGACGUUCAUCUUGCUGCGCCGGCAGUACAAGACGCUUCCGAAGAAGUCGCAGAUCAAGUUCGUCUACAACGCACUCGUCAAGCGCGGCGAGGCGCCGCCGCACCUCGAGAUUGACAACCUCCUCGUCAAGAAGGCCGGGAAGAGCCAGAGUGGCGUCCUUGUUGUGACGGUGCUCACGAGCCCGUACCCGCACGGCCAAAAGUUUAGCUGCCAAUGGAACUGCUACUACUGCCCGAACGAACCGGACCAGCCGCGGUCGUAUCUCCACGACGAGCCGAGCGUGCUGCGCGCGAACCGCAACUCGUUCGAUCCGGUGCUGCAGUUUUGCGACCGCUGCGUGACGCUGGCGCUGAACGGCCACCCGGUCGACAAGAUUGAGCUGCUCGUGCUCGGGGGUACAUGGGCGUCGUACCCUGUCUCGUACCAGGAAGAGCUCAUCCGCGAUCUCUUCUAUGCAGCCAACACGUUCCACGACCGUGUCAAGCGCGAUCGCAAGUCGCUGGACGAAGAAAAGAAAGAGAACGAGACAACGUCGGUCAAGAUCAUUGGCAUCACGCUCGAGACGCGACCGGACUGCAUCACGCCGGACGAGCUCCGGCGCUUCCGGCGCUUUGGCUGCACGCGCGUCCAGCUCGGCAUCCAGCACACGGACGAGGGUAUUUUGAAAAAGAUCAACCGCGGGUGUACGACGACCGAUGCGAAGCGCGCGAUGAAGCUCCUGCGCGACUGCGGCUACAAGACCGACAUCCAUCUCAUGCCCAACCUCCCGGGCAGCUCGGUCGAGCUGGACCGCGCGAUGUUCGAGUACGUCUUGCACUCGCCCGACUUGCAGGCCGACCAGUGGAAGAUUUACCCGUGCGAAGUGACGCCGUGGACUGUCAUCAAGCGCUGGUACGACGCUGGCGAAUACGUGCCGUACUCGGACCACGAGCUCAUGGCGCUCCUCAUGGACAUCAAGGCGCAGGUGCAUCCGUGGAUCCGGCUCAACCGCGUCAUCCGCGACAUUCCGUCGCAGUACAUUCUCGGUGGCGUCGACGAGCCCAACUUGCGCCAAGUGAUUCUGAAGCGCAUGGAGCAGGCCGGCCGCACGUGCCGCUGCAUCCGGUGCCGCGAAAUCAAGAGCGACGCGCGCGCGGCGACCAAGGCGAUCCUCAUCACGCGCACGUACGAAGCCAACGACGGCACCGAGUACUUUCUCAGCUUUGAGACCCCGGACGAGUCGACCAUUUGCGGGUUUUGCCGUCUUCGCCUCUCGCCGACGGCCGGCGCGGGGGUCUUUCCGGAGCUCGAAGGCUGCGCGCUCGUGCGCGAGCUCCACGUCUACGGGCAGCUCGUGGCCGUUAACAGCGGCGACAAGUCCAAGCCGCAGCACAUCGGCUUUGGCACGCAGCUCAUGCUCAAGGCCGAAGAGAUUGCGCGCGCACAAGGCUACACCAAGAUGGCUGUCAUUGCCGGCGUCGGCGUCCGCAACUUUUACCGCAAGCUCGGGUUUGAGGUCGAGGGCGAGGGCGAGCUCAUGACCAAGCAGAUUCCGCCGGCGCCGGGCCUCCGCGUCUUUGGGAAAACGCUCGACACGCGCGUGGCGCUGGCGGCGGCAACGGUCGCGCUGGCUGUCGGUGUCGCGUUCGUGCUCAAGAAGCGCUCGUAA